UUAUAAAAUCCUGGGAAUGUUGUGGAGGGCAGGCCUGCAGCGAGUUCACGGCGCACGUGCUGAACCUGCUGCGGGAGCAGAGCCGCACGCGGCCGAUCGCCGCCAGCGAGAUCGAGCGCAUGGUCAGCGUCAUCCACGGCAAGUUCGGAUCCAUCCAGGUGCAGCUCAAGCAGAGCACCUGCGAGGCCGUCAUGAUCCUCAGGUCCAGGUUCCUCGAUGCCAGGCGGAAAAGACGAAAUUUCAGCAAACAAGCCACGGAGGUGCUGAAUGAAUAUUUUUAUUCCCACCUGAGCAAUCCCUACCCCAGCGAAGAGGCCAAAGAGGAACUCGCCAAAAAAGGAGGAAUCACCGUGUCCCAGGUUUCCAACUGGUUUGGGAACAAGAGGAUCCGCUACAAGAAGAACAUGGGCAAGUUCCAGGAGGAGGCGAAUAUUUACGCUGCCAAAAGCGCCGCGGACGCCGCCGCCGCUUCCUCGCCAAAUUCCGCUUCUUCUGGCUCAUUUCAGAUGCCAAAUCCCGGGGAUUCCUUCCUCAACCUUCAAUCCUUGACUUCCUACCAGAGCCCUCAAAAUGUGGAUUCCCUGCACCGCGUCCUGCACCCGACGGGGAGGUUCCAGCCUUUGUUCUCCACGCAGCGCCUCGAUGCCAACGGCAGCUGGCAGGACGCUGCCACCCCCUCAUCCAUCACCUCCCCCACCGGAGACCCGGGAAGCGACGCCUCCAAUUAAAACAUUUUUUUAGGACCUUUUUUAACGAGAGGAGAGAGGUCAAUUAGCGUUAAUUAACCGAAGUUGCAAGAAUUAUUGACUCACAAUUAAUUAAUUACCUCAGAAGAAGCCAAUAGAUUGCGAUGGCAGCGACACCUCUACCUCUCACCGACUUCUUGGCCCCGCCGGGGACCUGAAAUUGUUUCCGACUUCAUUUCGCCUCAGCAAAUUCCGCUUUAUUUUAAAAAGGAAAAACUCCACUGAUUUCCACACGAAGAAAAUAAAAAGUCUCGGCGUUCGUCUCCAGUUUUACA